AUGUCGGACGACAACAUCAGCGAGAAGCAAGACCCUUCCACGGCGGAGAUGCUCCGUCGCAUCCAAACGGGCGAGAGUGUGCUGCUUCCCAUCCCCCGCGAUGCGUUUGAGAAGCUCUACCUGAGCCCCAAGACGCCGACCGCGGGCAAUUUGGCUCGCACGUUCGGUAACCCGACUCCUGUUUGCCUGAUGGGAUUCUUGCUGGCCGCGACCCCGGCCUCGAUGGCCGUGAUGGGCUGGCGAGGCUCCGGCGGCAAUGGCGGUGCUAUCUUGCCUGUAUUUAUUUUCUUCGGAGGCAUGAUACAGGUCGUUGGCGCCGUCGGAGAGUGGAUUCUCGGCAAUACUUUCUCGUGCGCUCUCUUCUUUACAUAUGGCACCUUCUGGAUUGUCCAAGGAACCACGCUCAUACCGGAUUUUGGCACCGGCACCCAGUACUCGCCCACCGGCAAUGGGCUGGAGGGGAUGAAGACAGCCGAAUAUAGCGCCACAAUCGGCCUCUACUACGUUAUUCUCUCCGUUGUCACCUUCGUCUACCUCAUCUGCUCAAUUCGCACCAACGCUGCUCUUUUCAUUGCCCUAUUUCUACUUGUCAUCGCAUUCGCUCUGUAUGCGGGCAUGUACUUCCAGAUUGCGCUCGGAAAUGCUGCACAAGCAGCGACAUUGCAGCAGUACGCCGGAGGAUUCAAUUUUGCUCUUUGUCUACCGAUCUGGCAUAUCUUCGUUGCCCAAAUUCUCGAGGCUGUCGACUUCCCAAUCUCACUGCCGGUCGGUGACUUGAGUACCAUUGUGCUGGGCAAGACCCAGAAGGCGAAGAAACGCGAGAUUGAGGGUGGGAGAUGA